AUGUAUUUUUAUAGUGGGAAAUAUUACAACAUUGACGGAUAUUAAAUUUGUCUUCAAUAAUAAUAAUAAUAUUUGAUAUUCUUUUGCAAAUAAUGCAAAAAUAUGAAAAAUUGGAGAAAAUUGGAGAAGGAACAUAUGGAACUGUUUUCAAGGCAAAAAACAGAGAAACCCAUGAGGUUGUCGCACUGAAGAGAGUGCGUCUCGAUGAUGAUGAUGAGGGUGUUCCAAGUUCUGCCUUGAGAGAGAUUUGCUUGCUGAAAGAACUGAAACACAAAAAUAUUGUAAGAUUGCAUGAUGUACUGCACAGUGAAAAGAAAUUGACUCUGGUGUUUGAGUACUGUGACCAAGAUCUCAAAAAAUAUUUCGACAGCUGUAAUGGAGAAAUAGAUCAAGACAUUGUCAAGUCCUUCAUGUAUCAAUUAUUGCGAGGGCUGGCAUUCUGUCACAGCAACAAUGUGCUACAUCGGGAUCUGAAGCCUCAGAAUUUACUUAUCAACAAGAAUGGUGAACUUAAACUAGCAGAUUUUGGUUUAGCUCGAGCAUUUGGAAUACCAGUUCGUUUUUACUCAGCUGAGGUCGUGACCCUGUGGUACAGACCGCCUGAUGUUUUGUUCGGAGCCAAAAUGUACGCGACGUCUAUAGACAUGUGGUCUGCUGGCUGUAUAUUUGCAGAAAUGACGAAUGCUGGCAGACCCUUGUUCCCUGGCAAUGAUGUUGAAGAUCAACUCAAACGAAUAUUCAAAUUACUUGGAACACCUACCGGGGAGUCCUGGCCGGGAAUUAGCCAGCUACCAGAAUACAAGCCAUUUCCUAUGUAUCACGUCAGUACAACUUGGAUGCAGGUGGUGCCAAAAUUAAAUCCCAAGGGAAGAGACCUAUUGCAGCGGCUGUUGAUCUGUAAUCCCUCUGGACGUCUGUCGGCUGAGGAGGGUAUGCUUCAUCAGUACUUCAGUGACCUUGACGCGUCAAUUAAACUUGCCACAGAUAACUCGGCGCUCAUUAUACAAGGGAGAUAAUCCAGCUUUGAAUCAUCGGUAGAUAACUUAUUCUAGUCAAAACAUGAGCAAAAGGAUCUCAAUGUUCAGAGGAACACGCCAUACAGGCUGAAUGGAAUUUAAAGUAAUAUGCUCCAUUUUGAAUUUGGAAAUGACACAGAUGAAGUCACUCAUGCAAUUUGAGGUCACAGCAGAAAGUGACAUAAUAAAAACUGAAUGCUCGGUGUACAGUGUAUGUGGAUCUUUAGAAUGUGUUGUGUUGGUGAUUUGAUUGAUGGUUCGAUAUCUUGGUUAUUUUUGUAAUCAUGUGUACAUUCCUGCGAGGUUAAACACUAGAGAGGAGAGUAGAAAAUGAAGGGUUUUAAAGAUAGUGAUUUGUAAAAUGAAUGUGAAUUUGAUGUAUUUCUGAACAGGAACUUUACAGCACUUCAACUUCUGUAUACAUUAUCAAUUUUAAAAUUUAACUAAGUGUGUCUUCUAAAGUUGACCAACUACAUGUAGGCCACUCUUGUCUUAAAAACAAAUUGUGUUGUCAUGUUUUAAUGCCUUGUCUAAAACAAUUUUCUGUGUAGUAUUUGCAAAAUCAUCAUUUAAGAUAAAUUGUGUUGUCAUGGUUCAGUGCCAAGUCUAAAGCAAUUUUCUGUGUAGAAUUAGCAUCAAGAUAAUUGGUAUCAGAUGCAGGUACUAUUUCUGUUAUUGUCAACCUUUAAAGAUUGCUGGUAACAAAGACACCUACAAUUACAGUGAUAGAUUUUAAAGUCAUAGUUUGAUUAUUAUUUUUUCAAGGUACAUCCAAAAAAAUUUGAAUAAUGAAAUAUACAGCAAUGGAA